CAACAAUAAUAAUCAUUGGUCGAGCAACCUCAAAAUUCGAAAUCCAACUCGUAACUGGUCAUCCUAAGGGGGUUCUCGUGCCUAACUUUAAAUUGAAUGUGGUCAAACUUAGUCAAACACGUUCGAAUAUGUAAGUUUUAACUACUUAUUAAAGUAAAUCGAGUUAACUAAACUGUUCAUCUCUAUCUUUUCAACAAAUGCUUCUUAUCUCUAAUUUUCAAUGCAAAUUCGGGUCAACUAAGAGAUAUCGAUUUGACGAGGCGAACAUUGACAAACUUGCUCUCUGAGUCAAACGGUCAACCCCAAACAACUUCUACACUAAUAUAGAUAUAAGAAAAAAUUAAUAAUAUUAAUUAUAAUAUAAUUAAAAAUUCAUAAUUCCCCUCCUCCCCCUUCCUUCCUUCCUUUGCACCCCAAUUUGGGGGGUAAGCCGAAACGGUGAAUUUACGCUCACGUUUUGCACCCCCUACUGUUACAAAAUAACCAAACGGGGGUAAACACCUUAAAACUUGUGUUUACCCCUCCAAACUUGCACUACCUUCCAUUUACACCCUUUCCCAGACAUAGUGUUAAUAAUGUGACUCUAAUAUGACAGGUUGUGGAUGAUUGUGCGCCACCCGGCACCCGCCACUAGGAGUAUUUUAAUGUUUUUGUUUUUUGUUUAUUUAUUACGUAUGUUAAUGUUAUAAUAUCCGCAGCCGUUUAGAGAGAAGUGUCCUGCCGUGCAGAAGAAAAAGGUCUCUCUCCCCUGGCCGUACGUCCUGUCGAGGAGAGUUGAGAAUGAGAGAGCACAAGCCCCAACCCGCUGACGUCAAUACAGAAGGCGGGAAUUAAGUCCCAUACCCCUUCCUCAACCCCACCACGAUUUCCUCUCUCCCUAUUCUGCCGCCCCUUUCCUUUUCUUUUCAGCCUCUCUCUCCACUUCCCGCACCUUCACAACCCUUCAACUGAUCGAAAUCGGGCGAUGGCAUUCCGCUCCUCUCCCAUCUCCCCUGACGACGAUAUGUUUCCUUCCAGAGGCUUCAAACUUCUUCGCCCUCUCAUCUCCAACUUCUCAGGCGAUCCAGGAGCUGCACACUUCCUUUCCGCGGCUUACUCCGGAGACCUUCAACUCGUCAGGCGGUUGGCUAGUGCUCUGGGGAAGCCCGUAGAGAGCGUUAAAGACGACCAAGGUCGAACUGCUUUCCAUUAUGCCGCUGUUGGAGGGAAGACUCUUCUCUGCAAAUAUUUCCUCGACGAACUCAGACUCCCUGUUGAUAUCCGAGAUGCCUUAGGGGAGACUCCUUUACAUCAAGCAAUUUUAGGCCAUCACAACUGCACCGCCGAGUACCUGUUGGACAACAAUGCUGAUCCUAAUGCGGCUACUGAUGAUCAGGGGUUCACACCAUUGCAUUACGCUGCAGGAAUAGGAUCCAAAAGAUCGGUGCUACUUCUGAUGUCGAAAGGUGCUGAAGUGAAUGCAAAAUCCAGUUUUGGCACCCCGUUGCAUUUUGGAGCCGGAAAUGAAGGCAUCGUUAAAACUUUGUUGCAUUACAAUGCUGAUCCGAAUAUUGCUGUUUUUCAAGCAUAUUCUCCAUUAGUAUCAUCAAUUAUAGGGCGGUGUAGCGAGUGUGUGAAGCUGCUGUUGAAGGCUGGAGCUGACCCAAACUUAAGUCCGAGCUUAAGCUUGCUCCGAAUGUCUCCAUUGGAUGCUGCUGUCAUGCAGGGGAACACCCAGAUCAUCAAACAGUUGUUAAGAGCAGGAGCGGAUCCAAAUGCGACUAAUGCAUUUGGUAUGAAACCAAUUGAAAUAGCUGCAUUCAAAAACCGCCCUGAAGCUGCUGAGGUUCUGUUCCCUGUAAGCUCCCCUAAUCCGGAUGUGCUGAAUUGGACAUAUGAUGGGAUAAAGCAGUAUGUAGAUUCUGAAGAGCAAGCAAGCAAGAGAGACAUCAUAUGUUUGGAAAGGUAUUUGCUGUUUAAAUCAAAAGGGAAAGACGCAGUCACCCGGAAUGAUUAUUCUGAUGCCGUCUUUUGGUACACUCAGGCCAGUGAAGCAUUUCCUCCUGAUGCUGCUGCAAUGUUGUCGAAUCGAAGCCUAUGCUGGGCGCGGUUAAAGGAAGGUGAGGAAGCUUUAAGCGAUGCGCAUGCCUGUAUGAUGCUGAGGCCUGACUGGCCCAAGGCAUACUACAGGGAAGGCAUUGCCUGGAACUUGCUCAAAGAGUUUCGGAAAGCUGCCAAGUCAUUUGCUUUUGGGCUGCGGUUGGACUCGAGCAAUAGGGACCUUCAAGAUGCCUUGAGGGAAGCUUUGGCAUCUGCUGCUGCUGCAGGGAAUGGAUACAGAGUGUUUUGAUCAGACAUGAUUAGCCAGUUGUCAGUUGUGCGAUUGGUUUCACGUUUUGUGCUCGUAUUCCUUCUGCGGGCCGCGGCUGAAAUUGUGUUGUUCUGUAACGCUGUGUUUGCUUCUAAGCUUUUUGUGUACCAUCCUAAUCUCAGCGGUUGUAUUCAGGGCGAUUGUAAAUGAGGUGAAAAGUUCCAGCACUCUCAGGCUCUCAGCUACCUGUUACGUCUUCAGAACGUAGUUUUCUCAAGGGUGGAAUUUUGUAAGUAGUAGUUUUAAGAUGUCGAUAUGGGGCAAUGAAUGGGAAGGUGGUAUGAGUUGUGUAACACUCUGGGUGGUCUAUCCCUUCUAAGUUCUAACAUGUGAUUAGCCGUUGGAUUUGAAUUUCAAAUUAUGUCAAACAUUCUUUCGAAAAUGCCUUAAUAUGAUCGUACUUUACAAUCAAAAUAGGCAAAAAUGCUUAAGUUCUCAAUAAUAAAUGAUGGUUAAAUUUCAAGUUUAGUCAUUGGGUUUAAUAAAACGAGUCAGGUUUAGUAAAAAAAAUAAAAAAAAAAUAUUAAUAAUGGACACUAACUUUAGUACAUGUCAUGUUUGGUCACUCUCUGUUAGACUCUGUCUAACUCUGUUAAUGAAGUUCGUUAAGUGCUGGUGUGGCAAACAGAAUCGCUUGAUGAUUAAUCGGAUUUUAUCCGACAAAAUAAUACGUGACCUGCCAUGUCAUUAAAAUCCGCCACAUCAUUAAAGCCAACCCAACUCAUGACCCAACAUUUAUCUUCUUCUACAUUUGACCUGCCCAAACCUAGGGCUGGCUAUUUGGUCCAGCCUUUUUGGUUUUACCCGAAACUGGACCGUAUAUCCCGGACCGGGAUCGAAUAGCAAACAAUCCAAUCUCAUAUUCGGGCUUAGAUUUGAGGUAAAAAACCAUUCAGGAUCGGACCAAAACCGGAUAAAGCUCGGAUAAGAGAGCCCAACACCCAAAACUCCACUAAAAUCUCCACAAUCUCAAUCUAAAAUCACGACCGAAUUGGGACCGAACCGGGUCAAAACUUGAUCGGAUCAAGAUCGGACUGUAUCCAAUCCAAUCUUUGAUCCUUAUAUUUCCGAAAAAACCAAAUUGAGACCGGAUCAAUUCGGGUAAAUUGAACCGGACCGGACCGUAUAGCCACCCCUACCCAAACCUUCAUCCUCUUCCUCCCAUGAGUACCUCAGUACCACCUCCUUCUUUCCCCAAAUCCACCACCGUCAAAACUCCUAAUCUUCCUUUCACCACAUUCAACAUUGACACAAUAGCAAGAACAGUAGCCAUCGGAUACAAAAUUAAUUGCAUGUGAAGGGUAAAUUAUUGAGAACAGAGGCAUGCACUGAAAAGUGAAAAAACAACACACCAAGAGAGAAGUAGUAUCCAGCUGCAGCCACGAGAUGGACGAUGAGAAUCCACCGAUCCUAAAGGAUACGUGUCGUAGGGACCGGUUUAGCAUUUUGCCUAGUUAGGUGCAUUAUCUUUCGAGUUCCUACGAGUUAACCCUAGACUGAUUGUUGCAUUAGGGUUAGCUAUAUGUAUUCUCCUUGUAUAAAGCUUGGUUGUAACU